UCAAGCAUUCUGUCCACGUACGCAAACAAACUGAAGCAAGAGCCAAAGAGCAAUGCAUUACUGAAACACAUUUGUAAGGAGCAGAAAUACAAAGUAUAUAUCAAAUUCCAGCAAAAUGCCGCUGUUGUACAUUGUCUUAGUGUGUGUAACUUCCAUAACUCAAAUCUCUACGCAGGAAUACGGUAUGCCUAACUACCAGGUCGAGUCGCAUUCUAUCUUCGAGAAACAAGAUGUCAUUCUGAUCUACAAAACUUUGGCACCGGUGUUCAACCAAUUUUUUCGCGAUUACAACUUUACCAAGGAGUUCUUCCUCCGGUCCAUCAGGCCCUGUGAGCCAUGGUUGGAGGCGGCGCUCACAGAUCGAUUUGACCGCCUGGACGCGGACAAGAACGAAGUCUUUGACAUCAAUGACAGGACACCGUUCACAGUCUUCACCUUCCUGAUGGACUUUUGCGUCAUGGGCGCAGACAAAAACAACGACAACUCCAUCAGUGAGAGAGAGAUGACGUACUUCCUGUCCAAGGCGGAGUUCUAUUUCAGCAAAUCUUACAGCGAAGUCUUGGGGAAGCUGAUGGAUUACUUCGAUACUGACCGCAAUAACAUACUCAACCUGGCAGACACGGCAGCGGCGUGUCAAAGAUACUGAAAGGAGAUGCCAAUUAAGCCACACAUUAUAUUAUAUGUUUUGGGCUUUUAAUGAAAUUAAAUAAUUUAGUGAUAACAUGUUUUAUGUAAAGAUUGGUUUAGUUAUAAUAAAAUAUUGAAGAAAUCA